AUGCAGCUUCACUGGUUCAUUACUCUUCUGCUCACCAGCUCUGCCAUUGCUGGUGUUGUUGAUACCUUUUCCGCACCUCAGCUGGCCGAGUCACUCGGCAUCAGGGACGUAAGUUUCAUUGAUAACAUGCGUAUAACAGCUGCGGACAAGGCAUAA